AUGACGACAGCCGAGGCCCAGGAGGGGGAGCUGCUGGCUUUCAUUGACAUCCACAGUCACUCCAGGCGGCGUGGAAUCUUUGCCAUCGCAAACGCCACCGAUGGAGACCGCCUUGUGUCGCUGAUGGCCUCGAGGACACAUCUCCUGGAUGCCGCUGGAACUAGCCGCUCGGAGAUCCGUGCGCAGGACGUGGGCCUGAGCCCGCUUGAGCAGCACGGGCAGGACUAG